AUGGUCGUAUUCAAGUCACGACAGCCACCGAUCGACUUACCUACCGAAUUGACAGACUGGGACUGGUUGUUCGAUUCUUCACACUCGCCUCUGAACAAGUACCCUCCAAAUGAACUUGCUGGCUUUCAGAAUGCUGUAACAAAAGAGCGUGUCGACUGGGCAGAUGUUAAAAAGUAUUCAACCUACAUCGCUACGGCGCUGGUGAAGAAGUAUGGUCUCAAGACCGGCGAAACAGUGUCGCUCUUCGGCCAAAACACCGUUUGGUACCCAGUCGCUAUGUUCGCAGGCCUACGUGUUGGUGCAAAAAUCAGUGGUGCAAGUCCAGCGUACAAUGUCGAAGAGAUGACCUUCGCGCUGAAGACCGCGGAUUCAAAGUUCCUUCUUACGACGCCUGGCAGCAUGGAGGUUGCAUCUGCAAGUGCGAAAGCCGCUGGACUGCCGCGAUCUAACGUGUUCCUGCUUGAAGGCGAGCUUCCAGGUUACACUACCGUCCAGGAGCUCAUUAGGAUUGGAAAGUCAUACGGCGAGAACGGCCAGACUCCAGCAUUUAAGAUCCCUGUAGGCAAGAAGAACAAGGAUGUAUGUGGUUUCCUCUCAUUCUCAAGCGGCACCACUGGACUCCCCAAGGCCGUCAUGAUCUCCCACCAGAACGUUAUCGCCCAAUGUCUCCAGAUUCAGCAAAUUACCCCUGAAACUCAGAAGAAGAUCAUGGCAGUCCUACCCUUGUUCCACAUUACUGGCUUAGUUCACCAAAUGCACCUACCCAUCCUCCUCAACGCGGAGGUAAUCAUGCUUCCUCAAUUUACCAUGGAAGGCAUGCUCAACACAAUCUGUGAAUACAAACUCAGCGAACUUCUCCUCGUGCCACCCAUCCUCAUUCGCCUCGUCCGCGAUUCCAUCGUCGACAAGUACGACCUCAGCCACGUAACACGCUUCUCAUCGGGCGCCGCGCCCUUAUCCGAGGAAAUCAUCCUGCUCUUGCAAAAGAAGUUUCCGAACACAGGCUUCAAACAAGGCUACGGCAUGACAGAAUCCUGCUCCUGCAUCACCGCCCAUCCUCCAGAAAAGUUCUCCUACAAGUACGCCAACAGCGGCGGCGCAAUCGUCGCCUCAACCGAAGUCAAAAUCAUCAAACCGGACGGCACCGAAGCUGGGCUCAAUGAAGACGGCGAAGUGCUCGCCCGCGGCCCACAAGUCGUCAUGGGCUACCUCAACAACCCCAAAGCGACAGCUGAAACCUUCGACGCAAAUGGCUUCCUGCACACGGGCGACCAGGGCAGCAUCGAUGAGGAGAACAUGAUCCACAUCAGCGACCGCAUCAAGGAGCUCAUCAAAGUUAAGGGCAUUGGUGUUGCGCCGGCCGAGCUGGAGGAUCUGCUCCUGGGGCAUCCGAAGGUCGAGGAUGUUGCCGUCAUGAGCGUGCCUGAUGAGUAUAGCGGGGAGUUGCCGAAGGCGUAUAUUGCGCUUAAGCCGAAUAUUGAGGAGAGCGUGGCGGUGGGGAAGGAGAUUCUUGCGUAUGUGAAGGAAAAGAAGGUUAGAUAUAAGUGGUUGAAUCAGGUUGAGUUUAUUAAGGAAAUCCCGAAGUCGCCUUCUGGUAAGAUCUUGAGGAGGGUGUUGAGAGACAAAGAGAAGGCUGGCAAGUUUGGACUGGUAGUCAAAGACGAGGCGAAGGCAAAGUUGUAAAUGCGGCUGGUGCACUGAAGGACUCCAGUGGUUCAGUUUGCUUUUGGUGGUCGCCAGACUUCCCGUUUCCGUCCUGCCAUUGUACAUUUGGUGGUCGAGGUGGG